AUGUCUUCAGAGGUCCAAACUGUCCAUCCCGGUCUCGCCGCAUCGGUGCAUGCGCCCACUGCCGGCUCUGGCUCUGGUGGGAAACGCCCAGAUCGCCGGGAUGGUGAUCGGCGUCCCCCUGACCGUGGCCCAGGCAAGGUGACGAAGAAGAAGGGGAAGAAGUGGUGCCUGGGUUGUGAAAAAUGGGGACACACGCUGGACGAGUGUCGUGUCAACAGCAAUGUUCUCAUCAACCUUGCUCUCUCAACGACAAGGACCAUCGCUGCUGCCCGUAGCGGUGGUCGGAACAGGGUCCUCGCUACUGGAGGUAGCCGCCCUCAGACCAGGGUCCUCGCUACUGGAAGUAGCCGCCCUCAGGUCGGUGGUCGCCAUCCCCUGGGCCCGCGUCAGGAGCGCCCUCGUAUGAACGGCGCCAACUCGAGGGAACGUCGCGAGGCACAGCGGCUGGCAGCAGGGCUGUGGCGGCCACAGCAGCCACAGCAGCAGACGCAGGAGCAGCAGCAGACGCAGGAGCAGCAGCAGACGCAGGAGCAGCAGCAGACGCAGGAGCAGCAGCAGACGCAGGAGCAGGCUCCUUCGGAGCAGCCCUUCCAGCCCUCAGCAGCCUUGGCACUGCGGCCGGCUCUUGAGAAUGUCAAUCUGACUCCCGGUCCUCCUUUCAAUUGGGAUGAAGAUGUGGAUAUGGAGGCUGAAAAGAAUGCUCAGUGA